UGUCGGUUUGAUUGCUGCAGUUCUUAUUAAGAUAGUUGCUCUCUGCGCCACAUGAGUCAACCAACUUCUUGCCCAAUACGCUACGCAAUGGUGUCUCCGUCGGCCAGAGGCACCACCUUCGGCGGGCUGGCGGGGAAACAGUCAGUGAGAAAGAUAGAAAGAGAGAGGAGGAGAGAGAGAGAGAGAGACAUAAGGGCAGAGGAGGGAGAAGACGGGGCAAGGAAGACACGUCGAAAAAUCAAGAGCGCGGACGGCAACACGGCAGCAGACCGCCGCCACGCCGCUCCAAAUCAGCACGGCCACCACGGCGCAUAGAGCGCAUGGCAACCGCUGGCCUAGACGCGCAUAGGGCGCGGCACGUCCGCUGGCCGUGUUAAAAUCACGCGCAACGGAUGCCCGCAGGCAGAUGCCGCCUCCCUACGACAGUUGUUUGACGUAAACCGAGAUGUGUAUAUGAAGGAAAAAACGGACAAAACUUCGAGCCAUGAACUUGCGAAUUUCGCCCCCGGAGCACUGCCAGGCAAAAACUGGCAGCGGGCACCGCUGCUCCUGGGAGAAACACACGCGAAAGGCGAGGAAGGAGGAAGGAGGAGGAGAGAAGGGAGGGGGGGGAGAGGGGGGAAGGAGGAGAGAAGGAAGACAGGACCGAGAGGAGCAGGACCGGAGGCCGGCGAAAACAGUCAACCCCUCCAGUUCUGGCACUCAUGAAGCGGAUGAAAAGCGAAAGGGAUUCUGCAAGAGAGCGUGUGCUCCCAGUCCACGCCAGAAGCGGCUCUCGCACGGAUAAGACGCUGCAGGCGAGAUUGAAAAGAAUGAACAGAACGAGCUAUGACAACGAAUCCCACCAGCCCUUUGGGCGUGAGUGGUUUAGAGAGCCCGCUCUGUCCUCAACCCCCC